AUGAGCCAAGUUGAAGUUUCUCAAAGCCAGCAAAGCCACAGGCGGAGAGAAGCAGUAGACUGCUUCAACUGCUCUGCCUCGCGGCGCCGUUGUGACAGAACUCGCCAUCGGUGCAACACUUGUAACAAAGGCUCUGAAAUUUGUCAAGGAUAUCCGCGAGAACUGCAAUGGCUUGCCGGUGUGACGUCCCGCGGAAAGCGCAAAGGCCAGUCUAUUAGUAUCAAGGCUUCAAACCGGGAAUGGGAGUCUACCACACCCACAAACUAUGCCUUCAUAUUUAAACAGGCUAGGAGUCCAAGACGACGAAACCAAGGGACAAAAAGCUCGACAGGAGCAUCCCCACGCGCUGUAACGUCACCUGGAUGUCUUGCACCAGAUGGUAGUCCUGGCGCUUGUGUCGAAGCUUCACCUGCAGUGGUCACGGAUGUGGACUCGGCCCUCAGUUCCACGGAUAUUCGAGAUCUCGGCCAUGUCGCAAACCCAUUCGAAUGUGUGGAUAGUAUGGGCAGCAUCUUCUACCCGUCUUUUAGCCAGAAUCAGACGCUCUCCGAGAGCGACGGCACUGAUCUUCUGUUGCCGCUAUCGUCUGAAGCAUCAUGGUUGGAUCAGCCCAUCGCAACGACUGUUUCUCACAAUGCUCAACCACAAUUAUUUCCCUUGACACCCUCCGUGCCGGACUCUGGUCCUUCCGAUUUACUUACACUCUAUGAUACGGAGCUAUGCUCCCUUCCUUUGACCUUUGACUUCUAUGCAAAUCCCUUUCGUUGCAGACGGUAUGUUUCGCAAGGACCCAAAUACUUGGAACACGCUCUACUUGCGAUAUCUAUACAGCAUGUCAGUAGGAUGAACGAGGAUACUCAGUCCGAGGCAACGGCUCAACAAAUAGCCUCGUACAAGCAAUCUGCGUCGCAACUAAACGCGGUUGCGUUACUAGAAGGGCCCGAGAAGGAAAAGGGCCUCGUAUUAGACACUAUACUUAUCUUGUUUUCUUUAGAUACCCUAGUAUCCUCUACUGGACCGUGGAACGAGAGGCUUUUGAGUGCGCAUCGCAAGAUUGAAUCAGUUGGCGGCUUGAGCGCUAUACAGCCCUCACAAAGGUUUCGCGCACAGCUAGCAAUGUUUAUUUGGUGGGAUUGUAGUAUCGCUCUUCUUGCUCGAUCGUCAUCCGUCUUCCCUUCUUCAUACUACGACUACGUCCUCGAUUGCGAUGACGACACGGCAUGGAACAUCUUCACACUCUCCGGUGUGCCAAAACAGUUGUUCCAAUAUCUCCGACAACUAAUCCAACUAGCCUCCGAAAAAGAGCAGGUAGCAAGAAUGAAAUACGCCACCUUCGCCAUCGAACCAGUGCAUGAACUCGAGAAGUGCAUCCAAGAGUACACGGAAGAAGAAAUGACCCCUCAAGGCAUGGAAGCUGGCGGCGACUUCAUCCAAAUCUGGCACGACUACAAAAAUGCCAGUAAUGCGUGGAAAUACGCACUGCUGCUGUACAUUGCCCGCGUUCUCAAGUGGGAUAGAAGAACUGAAGCGCCGUUAGCUGAAAUCACCUCGUUGUCAAGACUGCUCUUGGAUAGUGUACGUUGCUGUAGACCAGAGUCGAAUAUGCAGAAACAGCUCCUGUUUCCGGUAUUUGUUGCAGGUGCGGAGUCUAUGGAUUUGUAUUCGAGGAGGUUUGUCAAGGAGUACUGUGAGGAGUGGUACAGGAAGUGUAGGUAUAAUAUGUUUAGGGAGGCGGCUGGGGUUCUGGAUGAGGUUUGGGCGAUGAAGGAUGUGAGCAGGAAUGAUUCUAAGAUUUGGUGGGGGAGUAUAGUUGGGAAUUGGGGACCAGAUGGGCGUGAAUAUUUGUUUGGUUAG